CACACACACAUCAAAAUAACACUCCCACGAGAUCUCCUCUCUCUCUACCUUCCUCAUUGACUCUCCCUCUCUUUCUCUCUCUUCAUUUCUCUCUCUCUCUCUGUUGUCUCUCUCUGCGAGUAUCAAUGGCGGAUCCAAUCUCCAAACCUCUGAUCGCAUUUCUCCUCAUAGCUUCCUUCUUGCUAUGCUCGCACGCUUCUUCCGAUGUCCCCUUCAUCGUCGCUCACAAGAAAGCCUCUCUCAACAGGCUCAAGACUGGCGCUGAAAGAGUCUCUGUCACCAUCGAUAUCUACAACCAAGGAACCUCGACGGCAUAUGACGUGAGUCUGUCAGAUGAUAGUUGGACAAGUGACCUUUUCAGUGUAAUCAGUGGUACCACUUCAAAGACAUGGGAAAAGCUUGACGCUGGUGGUGUCCUUUCCCACACAUUUGAGCUCGAGGCAAAAUCAAAGGGAGUAUUUGCCGGUGAACCAGCUAUCAUCAAGUUCCGUGUCCCCACAAGUGCUGCUUUACAGGAGGCAUAUUCAACUCCCAUAUUGCCUUUAGAUGUUCUUGCUGAUAGGGCUCCUGAGAAGAAGUUUGAAUGGGCUAAGAGGUUGCUGGCUAAGUAUGGAUCUCUAAUCUCGGUAAUCAGCAUUAUCGUCAUGUUUGUGUACCUGGUAGCUACACCAUCAAAAUCAGGUGCAAAAGGAAGCAAGAAGAAGCGUUAAUCUUUCACAAAACAGUACCUUUACAAUCAAACAUCAGAGACUAGAGUGUGAUAUUCUGCCAGCGGUCAGUUUUCACCUAGUUAGAACACAUGUUAUUGAACUUUUUGAAUGAAUGGUUAAAUGAGUUAGUGAGAGAACAAUUUUAAUUUCUUGACGGCAUAGCCUGAACAGUUGUUUUCAGUUCUUACAUGAAUGGUAUGGAUCUUAGUUAGCAAAAGUAUAUCAAUUGAUCAAGUGAUCUCAUAGCUAUUUUGUACUGAUUUCCAUCUAUUAUUAUGUUCUAAUGAUCCUCUAA